GCAGUGGACGAAGGAUGGCCUGGCCCUGGGGAUGGGGCAGGGCCUGAAAGCCUGGCCCCGCUACAGGAUCAUCGGGGCCGCCGACUCGGGGCAGUACAACCUGGAGAUCAGUGAGGCCGAGCUUUCCGACGAUGCCUCGUACGAAUGCCAAGCCACGGAGGCUGCUCUGCGCUCGCGGCACGCCAGGCUGACCGUGCUGAACCCUCCCACGGUGACGCUCUCCAUCCAGCCGCAGACGGUGCAGGAAGGGGAGCGGGUGACCUUCACCUGUGUUGCCACUGCCAACCCCGAGAUCAAAGGCUACAGGUGGGCAAAGGGCGGCGUGGUCAUCGAGGAUGCCAGGGAGAGCAAGUACGAGACGCAGGUGGACUACACCUUCUUCACGGAGCCCGUCUCGUGCGAGGUGCACAACGACGUGGGAAGCACCAACGUCAGCACCCUGGUGGACGUGCACUUCGCGCCGCGCAUCGUGGUGGACCCGAAGCCCACAACCACCGACAUCGGCUCGGACGUGACGCUGACCUGCGUGUGGGCCGGGAACCCCCCGCUCACGCUCACCUGGACCAAGAAGGAAUCCAACAUGGUGCUCAGCAACAGCAACCAGCUGUACCUCAAGUCCGUCACGCAGGCGGAUGCCGGGCAGUACGUCUGCAAGGCCAUCGUGCCGCGGAUCGGGGUGGGCGAGCGCGAGGUCACCCUCUUCGUCAACGGUCCCCCCAUCAUCUCCAGCGACUCUGUCCAGUACGCGGUGCGCGGCAACCGGGGGAAGGUGGAGUGCUUCAUUGGGAGCACCCCGCUCCCGGACAAGAUUGCUUGGGGCUGGAAGGAGAAUUUCUUGGAGAUGGGGACCCUGGAACGGUACACGGUGGAGCGCAGCAACACCGGGAACGGCGUGCUCUCCACCCUGAGCAUCAGCAACGUGAUGGAGGUCGAUUUCCAGACGCGGUACAACUGCACAGCCUGGAACAGCUUUGGGCCCCGGACGGCCAUCAUCCAGCUGGAAGAGAAAGAGGUCCUGCCCGUGGGCAUCAUCGCCGGCACGACGAUCGGGGCGGGCAUCCUGCUCACCGUCUGCUUCGUGGCGCUGGCCUGCUUCCUGUACCGGCGGCGCAAAGGCAGCCGCAAGGACGUCACGCUGCGCAAGCUGGACAUCAAGGUGGAGACGGUGAACCGGGAGCCCCUCACGCUGCACGCGGACCGGGAGGAGGACACCGCCAGCGUCUCCACGGCGACGCGCGUCAUGAAGGCCAUCUACUCGUCCUUCAAGGACGAUGUGGACCUGAAGCAGGACCUGCGCUGCGACACUCUGGACACGCGGGAGGAGUACGAGCUGAAGGACCCCACGAACGGCUACUACAAUGUCCGCGCCCACGAGGACCGGCCCUCCUCCCGCACGGUCCUCUACGCCGACUACCGCAACCCCGGGGCGGCCCGCUAUGACGCCCGGCCCUCCUCCCGGCUCUCGCACGCCAGCGGCUACGCACAGCUCAGCGGCUACGGCCGGGGCGCGGCCCCCGAGUACAGCGGCGAGCCCGUCCCCGGACCGGCCCCGGGCGCCGCCACGGCCGAGACAGCCAGCCAGCUCUCCUACGAGAACUACGGCGGGCACCCGCCCUUCCCGGCCAGCGCCGGCUACGCCACCUACCACCUGGGCUACAGCCAGCCCCCGCCCCCCGCCCUGGACCGGGCCGCCUACGACGGCUACGACCCGCUGGGCACGUUCGCCUCGGCCACCCGCUUCUCCUACACCUCCUCGGACUACGGGCAGCGGCUCCAGCAGCGGAUGCAGACGCACGUCUGA